AUGUUUCACAAGAAAUAUGUCGUGAAAGGGCAAGUUUCUGUAAGUAAGAAAGAGUCCAAAUGUUUAUGGGAUAAUAUCUAUGGCAUUGUCGGGGAAGAUAACUUAAGUUGUCUUGAUUCUUUUUGGAGGAGGAAUGACUCCGUCGUCCGCACCCUCUGGGAGUUUUCAGGUGGCGGUUCCGCAGUACUCUACUCGAUUAACAAGGUACCGUUGGUGAUAUCGGUAAAUCGUUUGUCUGAGGAUGCGGAUAGCGUUUGUUUGGAAAAUCAAUUUACUAUCGUACCUACACUGUUCAUGCUGUCGUUGAUGAGGUGUUAUUACAAAAAAGAAGACACCGACUUUGGUUCCCUCUUUGGUGCGCGGGUUUUCUGUCACGGACCAACGUCCAGAUUUAUACUUUCUGGGGCGCAUUUGAUGUUACCAGGAAUUAUUGAAAGGAGAACCCAGACCGAUACACCUGUCCGCAAAGGUGAUCUUGUAUUUAUUUAUUCUCUUGGCAACCUCUUUCCAUACGCUGUUGGAUUGGCAACGGAUGGUCUGGCAGGCUCUAAUCAACGAGGAAAGGGUGUGUACGUUAUUCACUCAUACAAGGAUGGCUUGUGGAAUUUGUGCUUCGAUGCAUUUCAUGAGUAUUGCUCUUCUUCAAUAUCUGUUGUUCCUUCAACAUUUCGUGAUUCUGAGGUGGUUGAAAUCGUAUCUUCUCAAAUGCACCCUGUCUGUGAGAGAACUAGAGGGGAAACCAGUCUCAACGGAGAGGCCGACUUGACAGAUGACGCAGCGGGCGCUUCCUGUGAGGAUGAGCGUGUAAUGAAAGCUGCUUUGAGUUUACUGGAGGAUGAGGAUAAUGUACUAGAUUUUGCACUUUGUGAGGCGAUAAGGGAGCUCAACGUGUCAGCGCUUCCCCUGCCCGUUGGCGAGUUUGUGCCCCUGUUGCUCUCGAACUAUCCAAGAUUUCCGAAUGUGCAAAUGCGUUUCGACUUUAAAGGGACAAAAUACAGGAAAGCACUGUCUUAUUUAACAGUGAGAGAUGAAACCUUGAUAAUUUCCGAAGAGAAGAAGGGAGAACAUUUUAUCGUUUCCGUAAAUAAAAAGAGUGAUCUCUAUCGAACCCACAGACGAAGUUAUGCUGAUUUUUUGAAACUUUUUCAUAUACCGUUGAAGGAGGAGGAACGUCUAGUGCUGGAACAACAAGCGCUUAGAGGUGGCGUAAAGAAGGGGCUUCAGCGUCGUAUCAAAUCGGUAGAAGCUCUUUAUUCUCCGAGGGGAAGAAGUUUGUUGAACAUACAACUUUUCUUGUGCACUGGGAUCCUUCUUGAACAAGGUGGUGUUGUUUCCGGAACAGUCAAUGGAUCGUCGGAUAAAUUUGAUAAUCAUAAAGGUAGCGGUGAUGAUGAUGAAUAUCUAGAUGACUUGUACUCGAAGAAACAGUUAUGCGAUAUGCUGAGAAGUUACAUUUCAUCUAAAAAUAUUUUAAACAUCUCGGGGGAUCGAUCAGGGAUUCCUUGUGUGUUGCUAGAUGAGUUUCUUGGACCUUUGGUUAGGGGCUCUGUCAAAGAAAUUCCGAUUACUGAGCUGGAAGAGCUAAUUUUGCAGAAACUCUUCGUGCCUGUUCAUAAAAUAACUCUUGAGACGAGUGCGGUUAUCACUGGCGGAUCGUCGUCAGCCCCUACAGUUACUCAGCUUACUAAGAGAGGUACACUACCCAAGGUCUUAAUAUACACCGAAAAACGCUCUGGAAACAAGAUAGUAACUGCAGUUAAACACCUUGACGAUUUUGGUUUUGAUCUUUUUUCUCUUUCAAAUAAGUGGAAACAUCAGUUUUCUACUUCUUGUAGUAUUUUUGACCCGUCCAAAGGAAUGCAAAAUUUGAAACCAGGGACAAAAAUAGCCUUGGAGGUUCACCUUGGAGGCAACUGGCUGGUAAAACUAAAAAAGCUUCUGGAAGUUGAGUUAGGUUUCCCCCAUCAUUUAAUAGCUGAACGCUGUGCAUGA